AUGCUUCAGCCACGUUCCUUUCCCUUCAGCGCUGCGGUCUUCUUUGGCCUUGUCAUACUUCUCCUUCUCUACACGCCAAGAUCAAACAUCUUGCGUGAUUACUCGGCUCAUAUUCUUCAUUCAUACUCCAAAAUGGAGAUGACCCAUCACGUCGAGGAUGUUUCGAACAGUACGCUUGGCUUUCAGAAGAUAUUCGCCGUCGGACUGCCAGAACGCAGUGACAAAAGAGAUGCUCUCGCCUUAAUCAGCAGUUUGACUGGUUUCAAGGUCGACUGGGUUGAUGGCGUGAAAGGCGAGAGUAUUCCAGACAAGGCUCUGCCAUACGGUGUGGAUCGUGUUCAACUAUGGGAGAACAACUUGGGGAGCUGGAGGGGGCAUCUGAAUGCCGUUCGCAAUAUCGUGGAACAAGGGAUCACUACUGCGCUGAUUGUCGAGGACGAUGUAGAUUGGGAUGUCCGUCUCAUGUCGCAGCUGCAGAUAAUUGCACACGGCACACAAGCAUUGCAAGGUCUCCAUACUCCUCUCGACGACCAGGACAUCAUCCUCGACUCACCAUAUGGGAAUAAUUGGGAUUUGCUCUGGUUAGGACACUGCGGCGAAGUCUUCCCUGAAAACCUUCCUGAGAACUUCUCGAAACAACCCGGAGACCCCAUAUCCCGCAAAUUUGUCGUUCAUGCCGACCCUACUGUCCCUCCGCCACAACAUACUCAUGGCUUUCAGAACUUUACAGCCGAACCACAUACGCGAUGGGUGCACGUCACAGGCGGUCCAAUUUGUACUUUUGCCUACGCGUUGAGUCUCUCUGGAGCAAGAAAGGUUCUGUACGACCUCAGUGUUGAUCACCUUGUCGGUCCGUUCGAUAAUGCACUUGCUGGACUCUGUAGAUGGGGACGAGAUGAAGAGAGGCUGGAUAUGAAGUGCCUGAGCGUCACACCUCCAGUAUUCGUACAUCAUAAAGCAAAAGGACGUGUCCAAGCAGAUUCCGAUAUUCAGGGGUAUGGUGGUGAUGGAGAGGUCAGAUCGGAAGGAUACACUGAGAACGUUGUUUGGAGUGCGAGAGACAACAUUAGAGAGUUGAUGUUGGGCAAGGAUAUGAAAAGUCAGUUCAGGGACACAGAAGUGGUCUGAUGAGGUAGUGGUCAGGUUCAGAGACCUUGCACUUGCUAUAUUCGAG